AUGGGCAAUGUCCAAUCAGAAGCCACACAAGAAUCAGAGACUGCCAAAGACGGGGAGGAGAAAGCCAACCCGGACAGGAGCAAGCCAGACCGGGGUCCGAGUGGCGCUAAGCAUGAAUUGGGGAGCCGCCCCCCGGGUCUCCAGGCCCCUGAGCAGAAAGCUACCAGUCAGCUGCUGAGCACCGAGCCAGGGGGAGGGGACAGGCCGGCAGGGGCUGCUGCUGCGGAGAUGGGGAAGAAUCAUUCCAAGAAAUCCAAGCUGAAGCUCUCCUCCAUGUGGGCGCAAAAUACAGCCAGUGGUGGGAUAAAGGAGGCCAGCCUCUGCGACAAGGACCCAGGGGCGGAGAAGCGGGGGCUGGCUUGCCUGAGCAGGGCUGACCUCCAGAGCAGGCCGAGCUCGGCGCCUGCCCCACCAGAGGACCCCAAGGGGCUGAAAGCGUCUCUGAGGCCUCCCCCAGCGCUGCCCUCUGAGCCCAGGGACUUGGGCGCUAAACGAGCACUGGCAAAGGGGAAGGGCAAGCCGGAGAAUGUUCCUCAGGCCAGGGGCAUGGGGGGCCUCCUGCUGCAGCCCGAGAAGCUGGUGGAGCUGGGCCCAGCGGCUGAGGCGCCCCCGGACGUGGCGGAAAUGGAGGUCUGCUGGACCCAGCACAUCAAAGCUAGCGCCAAGGAGCAUUUUGAAAACAAGGGGCGGGUGCUGGAGUCGGCGCCCUCGGCCAAGAAGCAGGCAGCGGGCCCGGCCCACGGCACUGAACCUCUGAGGGGGGCUGAGGAUGUGGCGGCGGCUGUGGCGGCAGGGCCUUGGCCUCUAAAUGAGAAAAGUGCCAGCCGUUCAGCUGUGUCUGGCUGUGUGGCUCCACCUGGAGGGAAGAAGGCUCUUCUGUCGUGGGGGUCUGGGCAGAAGGAGAAAGAGAGUCCCGGACAGCGGGACAGCGCCCCUGGGAGCGACGGAGACUCCCGGGUCCUGGCCCUUGCCUCCCAGUUGCCUGCGGAUUGCUCAGAGACACCGGGCAGCCCCGGGGAGAAGCCCCAAGGCUCAGGGAGCGAUGCAAAGGCCGGGGCAAAGGGCGAGGCCCUGGGAGCAGAAGGGGUCAACUCGGAGACCAUGCAGGAGCUGCUGGAGAAAGGCCUCAACUUCCUGUACAAAGUGACCAUCCAGCCGGGGCAGUGGCCGCCCAGUAUCAAGGCGGUCAAGCAGAAAGCGGGCGUGAUUUCCUCCGGCAUCUCCUAUGCCGACGUCCUCAAGCAGUGCCCUCAGAAGAAGGCGCCCACUGGCGCUGCCCCGGCACUGCCGAAAGCCCUGCACCACCUCACUGCGGCGGGCAAGAAGCUGCCGUCCUUCAAAGGGCUGGAGAGGACCAACCCCGAGGACUUCUCUUCGCUCAGCCAGCUAUUCCUGGAGCACUUCAGGAAUGUCACCCCAAAAGAGCCCGCUGCCCUCCACGCCCCCAGCCAGCAAGUGGUCACCUUCUUUGAGGAGCUGUCCACCGGCAACACCAAGCGGGCAGAGUGGCAAAGGCCCCGGCCGCCCACUCCGUACCCCCAGCGCCGCAAAGGGCAGGGCCGGAAACUGCCCAAGUUUGGAACGGCCGUGUCCCAGGUCGUCGCCUUCCUAGGGAGCGAGCCCAAGUGUGAUUGGUUUGUGCACGACGACAGCCAGGUGUCUCUGGAUGAGGCUGCUGCGGGAGCUGAAGACGGGGGCAAGGACUGCGCCGACCCACCCAGCCCUGGCGAGAAAGGGGCCGAAGCAAUGGGCUCUCCUCAGCCCGUUGUGGCUCUCUUGGCGGAGCACGAAGCAGCCGGGGAGGCUGAUGAGGCUUCCCAGAGGUCGCGGAGAAGGCCGCAGGGCCUGGAAGGGGUCGCCAAGGAAACGGGCCCAGCAAAGCCACCAGCGUGUAAUGCUCCUCGGGGCGGCCAUUCUCCGCUGGCCGUUCCUCCGUUCCCCCAAAAGGAAGAACAGCCCCCAGCAUCCCUGCUAGGCCCGAGGCCGUGUUCUCCCGGGGAAGUGCUGGAGGCGCCCAGUCCAGCCGCCUCUGCCCGGUGCGCACCCGUGAGACUGAUUCCCGACCAGAAGGUGCCGGCUGCGGCCCAGGCAAGGCCCAAGAUCCGGAAGCAAGGCCCCUCCGCUGCAAAGUCCAAAGAGAAACUCAAAACUUCAGGGCAGCCGAAAGUGAAAGCACCCAAGGGGAAGGGGCAGAAGCAGUGGCCCCGAGGCUACGGGAUGAGCUCCCUGAGGUUAGAGGGUGUCCCCCUCUUCCCGCCUUUUGAAAACGUCGCCAGGCCGUUCUAUUUUGGCGAGCCUUUGGAAACGCCCCCUCCUCUGGAGAAACCCGCCAGCAUUGCUGAGGAUGCAGCUUCCCCCCCGACUGGUCCAGACCCUGGCGGAGAGGCGAACGGAUCCCCCCCACACCACCACUGGCCGGCUUUCCAGGUGGCAGAAUCAUGUUCCAGGAAGUGCUACUGCAAACACCAGGAGCAGAGGAAACUGCCCCAGAACGUCGUAACUUGGCUCAAUCCUUCCACCAACCACCUGACCGAACCACCCUGGGUCGCCACCGCCAUGCUGGCUGUCUCGCUUGUUGCCGGGACCAAGUUCUGCCUGGACUCUUACGAACAGCAGCACAUUGCCAAUGAGGACUGAACCCCCUUCCCCCAGGCUUCUGCAAAAAAUAAACCCUGUACAUCACACCAGGUUGGCCUGUGGCUUCGUUUCGUGCGGCGGGGGUCCCUGCAGU